AUGGGGAGCUCCAUCCUCCUCGUCUCCUUCGUCCUCCUGCUCAACUCUCCGGUAGGUUUCUGCGGCUGCUACAAGCACAUCUUCGCCUUCGGCGACUCCAUCAUCGACACUGGCAACUUCGCGUUCACCUCGGGCAACAACCCGACGCCGAUCAAGGAGCUCCCGUAUGGCAUGACCUACUUCAACCGUCCCACCGGCCGCGUCUCCGACGGCCGUGUCAUCGUCGAUUUCUACGCCCAAGCGCUCGGCCUGCCGUUGAUUCCGCCGAGCAUACCCGAAGAGGGGUCGGGCCAGUUCCCGACCGGCGCCAACUUCGCCGUGCUAGGAUCCACGGCUCUGUCCUGGGACUACUACAAGAUUAAGUACAACUUCGCCAUGCCGGCGCCAUCCCACCUGGACCUGCAGCUCCAGUCGUUCAAGAAGGUGCUCGCGCGGAUCGCGCCAGGAGACGCUGCGGCGAAGAGCCUCCUUGCCGAGUCUCUGGUGGUGAUGGGCGAGAUCGGCGGCAACGACUACAACUUCUGGUUCUUCAAUCGCAAUAAUCCCAGGGAGACGCCGAGCCAGUACAUGCCGGACGUCGUCAGCCGCAUCGGUGCCGCCGUGCAGGAGGUGAUCAACCUCGGCGCCAAGGCGGUGCUCGUCCCGGGCAACUUCCCGAUCGGCUGCGUGCCGCAGUACCUGGGCAUGUUCGACAGCAACAAACCCACGGACUACGACGAGCAUGGCUGCCUCGUCUGGUUCAACGAGUUCUCCAAAAAGCACAACCAGCUGCUGCAGCAGGAGGUUGCCCGGCUCCGGUUGCAGAACGCCGGUGUCAAGAUCAUCUUCGCCGACUACUUCGGUGCCGCCAUGCAGUUCGUCCAGAACCCAACGAGAUACGGCAUCGAUGAUCCUCUGGUCUCGUGCUGCGGCGGCGAGGGCCGGUACCACACGGGCAAAGGCUGCGACAAGACGGCAAAGAUCUGGGGCAACCCUGGCAAGUUCGCCAGCUGGGACGGCAUCCACAUGACGGAGAAGGCAUACAGCAUCAUCGCCCAAGGGGUGCUGAAUGGGCCAUACGCGGACACUCCGAUGCUCAAGACAUGCUAA